AUGGUCGUAGUCGUACGUGCGAACAAACGACCUCCUUUACUCGUUAAACCCUCUUCGAACGAUGGAGGUAAUGUCAGGAAACCAACUUCGUCUUUGAUUCAAAAAGGCGGCUCAGACGAAACAAAGGCUAUACAGCAUGUUAAUAUCAAACAACCUGAAGUACAACGAGAGAAAGAAGAUCAACGCUCGAAAGAUGAUAGACAAGAGAAACAAGGGGAAGAAACACAAAGAGGUUGGGGACAUUCACGUUCUUCCCGCUCUCUCUUAGUGGUAAGACGUACACCUGUUAAGAGAGCAGCUAUCAUUCCACAUACUCCUCCUCCUAAACAAAAAUCCAGUAAAGGAGGAAAGAAAAAACGUCAAGUUAUCUCUUGUGUCGAAAUUGUCUCUAAUAAACAAUCCGUUCAGCCACCUCCUCAAUCACUCGCACAACAGAUCCCAAAUCAACCAUCAACUAUUUCUACCAUUCCUGAUGUCGCACAAAACAUCAGUGCUCUCACUCGACAACUAGCUCAAAUCAAUAUAUCUAAACCUCUCGAUCUCGUACCUUCUGUUCAACCUACAAAAUCUUUAAAUCGUCUACUUUCAACAUGCACCACUUCCACUGUUAUCCCACUGGACGAUCUGUUUUAUUCUCCCGCUUUUCGCGGAUUAUUUCGAUAUCGUGCAGAUCAUAUCAUCAGGAAAAUUGGCGAGGCGAGUUAUUCAGAAGUGUUUGCGGUUAAAAUGAAAGAUGAAGAGUUGGUAGUAAAGAUUAUCCCUUUACAUGAUGGGAGGUCAGUAGAAUGGAAUGUCGAGGAACAUGGUGGAAGGGAUUAUCCAGAGAGAAGUGAGGUUGAAGAUGUUUUAAGAGAAGUUGAAGUUACUAAACGGAUGUCAAAAUUACCAGGUGGUGGGUUUGUUGAAUAUAAAGGAACAUUCAUCGCUGGUGGGAUUUACUCUGCAGAAUUAUUAGAACCAUGGGAUCAAUUCAAAUCUACAAUAGGAUCAGCUUCCACUCGACCAGAUUGUUUCGAUUCUGAACAGUUAUACGCAGUGUUAGUGUUGAAUGAUGGUGGUAUAGAUUUAGAAAGUUUCAAUUUCGAUCCUGUCAAAGGAUGGGAACAAGCUGUUGGAGUAUUUUGGCAAGUUGCUGAUUCUUUGGGAAGAGCAGAAGAUUGGGCUAGGUUUGAACAUCGUGAUCUACACGAAGGACAAAUCCUCAUUUCUUCUCAUCCUCAAACCCACACCCAAACUUCAAACCACCUCGACCCUUCCUCGACAGGUAUAAAAACAACUAUCAUCGAUUUCGGUCUUUCGAGACUUGAUCAACAAUUCACUUUUGAACCUAUUUAUGCUGAAUUGCCAGAAGAAGUUUAUGAAGGUGUUGGUGAUCAAUGGAAUGUUUAUAGGAAUAUGAGAGAAGUGGUUAGGGAUAGAUGGGAAGGUUUUCAUUCGAUUACUAAUGUUAUGUGGUUACAUUACAUUCUCAAAUACAUGCUUCAUCGUAUUCCUUCCCUUCGUAAACCUUCCUUACCUGGUCCAUUGAGACCAGUCCGACGAGGUACAGGAACUCGUAGUAGAAUCAAACCCGACCCACCUACCGAAGCGGCAUUAGAAGCGUAUGCCAUGUUAUGUAAAAUUGACGAAGCUAUGAAGAACAGUUUGGUGGGGAAAAAGGGACGAGUAGAUUUUGAAUCUGCGGGGGAGGUGGUAGAUUGGGGUAGGGCAAUGGGAUGGGUUGAGUGA